AUGAUUUUGGUACAAACAAUCUUUAGUCAAGCCACGCUCACGCAGAGUGUUUUGGACAAUAACAAUCUUAAACGUAUGAGUAGUGCCUGGGGUAAACGCAUGUCAUCAGCUUGGGGAAAACGUAUGACAUCAGCAUGGGGAAAACGAGGUGAAAGUGAUAGUGAUGAACUUUACAAUCAUCUUCUUCGAGAACUUUAUCAUCAAGCUCGUCUUAGUAAAUAUGACUAUCCACGAUAUCCAAUUGACAAUGAAGUUUAUGAACAAUAUUUAGCACAGCGUACAUCAUCAAACAAUGACGACGAAGCUGCACCACAAAAUGUGUCAUAA